GAGGUUUCAUUAUAUACCAAAGGAAUAUGUGGCGAGUGCUUUUGCUGCAGUGCGUGUUUCUGGUUAGUUCGGUCCUGGCUUUAAGCCACAAGGGAAAUGAAACUUCUGGUGGUACAUCGACUUUCCAAUGGAGUCCAAGAAGCCUGGGGAGGAUUAUAGCCCACUGCCUAGGAGGUUCGGAGGUGUGGGAGUGUCUGGGCUCCGAAAGCGAGCACCUGCUGGAUGUUGCUACUACGGAUAACAACACCUGGCAGAUCAGCGAGUAUUUAAGCAUUGAACCACUGGAUGGAUUUCGGAGUCAGGAGAGGAGUCGGAUGGAUACUGGACUAGCAGGGAAAUUACUGGAGCUGGUCCAGGGGAGAGCUCUGCGGCUUCAGCUGCCACGGCAGUUGACCAUUUCGAAUGCCAUCGAUGACUUUGGCAGCGAACUGGGCUUAGAUCAAGGUCGCAAAAAGAAGGACAAAGACAAGCACAUGGCCAUGAUGGGCGGCAUGAUCAUGAUGGCCACUCUGGCCCAAAUGUUCCUAGGCAAGGUCAUCCUCAUCGCCGGCUCCGCCUUCAUAAUGGCCAAGAUCGCCUUGGUCAUCUCCCUGCUGGGCAGUCUAAAAAAGGGUUCGACUGGACACAGUGGUAGUAGUGGCGGUGGUGGCACGGAGCAUGUCGUGGUUCACUCCAGCCACGAAAGUGGCUGGCAUCGCAGCAUGCCGACACAUGAUUAUGCAUCUUCGCAGUUGGAGCAGAUGGAGGAACCGCCACUGGGCAAUCAAAUGGAGUUCUACCAGGCGUAUCAGAUGGAGCCACUCAAGCGCCGCCUGCAUCAGGCGGAGAACACAGUGCAACAGGCACGCCCAGAGGCUACUAAACCCACUCGGGGUUUCUUAUAGAUGAUAAUUCUAAGCUCCUAGUGUGUCCAUAGAAUAAAGCACAUUUACGAUACUAGUGGAAUAAGCCAGUAAGUCUAAGAAUAGUAAGAAUUAUUUGA